AUGGCAUAUCAGGAACGACCACGCCGGAAGAAAUCACUUCUGAUAGGCAUAAACUACGUCGGUAGCGAACACAAGCUUCAAGGCUGUCACCAGGAUGUGGAGAACAUGUGCGAGUUUCUGGCCGCCGAAGGCUAUUCUUCAGAUCGCCGAGACCGAGUCGUCUUGCGAGACGACCGUCAUACGGAUCCAGAAGGACCUUUCUGGCCAAAUGGUCAUAAUAUGAUGGCCGCGUUUCAGUGGCUAGUAUCGGAACCCGGAACGACGAAUUUCCUUCACUACUCAGGACAUGGCGGGCAAGUCGCAGACACUGGAGGCUAUCGCGCAUCGGGCUUCGACGACACGAUCGUGCCAUGCGACUUCGAACAAAACGGCCAGAUCCCAAGUGGGGUCCUCCACAAGGCGCUGGUCUCUGCGUUGCCUCCGAGCAGCACUCUUUUCGUCAUCCUGGACUGCUGUCAUAGUGGCUCAGCUAUAGAACUUCCAUUCGUAUACCGCAGUGACGAAGAUGGCAACGUCUCCAUGCUCGACAACGUCCAGGCUGGUAUGCGGCUGAUGGGAGCCGCAUCUCACUUGAUCCAAGGUGGCUUCACGGUGGACAAGGUCGGCGAAGCGCGACAGCUCUUUGCUGGAGCUCAAUCAUUCUUCAAGGGUCUUAUGCACGAACAAGCUGAGACUGAUCAGUACGGACUCAGCCAAGAAGACUUCGCUCAAGAGUAUCAAGGCGAACAACCGAAGCAGGUUUGGAUGUUUUCGGGCUGCAAAGAUGACCAGACUUCCGCAGAUGCAUCGAUUGCGGGCUCCCAUGUUGGUGCGAUGUCGUGGGCGUUCCUAGAAUGCAUGAAACAAUAUGGACUUCGACAAAGUUACAUUCAGGUCCUGCAAAAUACAAGACAGAUCCUCAAAGGCCGGUAUGAGCAAGUCCCACAGCUUUCGGUCGGCUUCGAACAAGACCUCAACUAUGGCCUUCGCAUCUAG